ACACAAAUAGUAUGCUCUCACAGCAUAUAUUCGAGUCUAGAGAUUCAAGAGACAAGCAGCUUCACAAAGUUUUGCUUGAGGACUUUAACUGCAACUUUGAAGAUCAACAAUUACCUGAGAGUGACUGUCAUGGCUGCCCAGCUGACUUCAACAGAGGAUAACUUGGCGCGGAUCCUGGCAGUGGAAAGCUCGUUCGGUCGGUAUGGGAAGCCCCUGAAGAAACCAGGCCGGGUCCUGGUGGGAGAGGGGUGCUUGACAAAGCUCUGCAAACGAAGCCCUCAGCCCCGGGUCUUCUUCCUGUUCAAUGACAUCCUGGUGUAUGGCAGCAUUAUCGUCCAGGACCGCUUGUACACAGGACAGAAGGUCAUUCAGCUGGAGGACCUAAUGGUGGAGAGUCUAGAAGAUUCCCCAGACAUGAAGAACCAAUGGCUGCUCCGCACACCAAGCAAGUCCUUCUAUGUGUCGGCCGCCUCACCCCAAGAGAAGGCUUCCUGGAUCACGCAUAUCGAGGAGUGCCGCACCAAGAGGGUGAACGAGAGGGGCCAGGGGCCUGUGGAGGAUUUCGCCCCCUCCUGGAUCCCCGACAAGGCCUCAGCCAUUUGCAUGCGCUGCUGCACCAAGUUCUCCUUCAGUCAGCGGCGGCACCACUGCAGGCAGUGCGGCAUCUUGGUCUGCGGCUCCUGCUCCAGCCAGCGGUUCCUCAUCCCCAACAUCUCCCGUGAGCCCGUGCGCGUCUGUCAGGUCUGCUUCCAGAAUCUGCAGGCCAAGGAGUUCACCCGCAACCGUGGAGACAGCGGCGGGAACAGCUGUACAGAGGAGACCUCCAGCGAUGAAGACGCCAUGAUGACUGGGUCAUCUAAAAAUGCUCUGCGGGGGUGGACACCAUACUCUCAUGAAUAAGCCUGCCAAAAAUGACACUUUCAAUGUUUCUAUGGUCUUCAUGAAGCACAGAAGUGAAGCAUGUUCACUACAGCGUGAUUGACUACCUGAGGACUGUAGGUCAUGAUCUAAAGAUGAAAAUAUUGUGAACUUUUGUCUUAAAAUAAAAACACUAGGACAAGAUGUACUAUAUAAACUUUUUUUACAAUGUAAAUUUUUAAUUCAAUCUCACUGUUAAAGAGAUGAUUUAUUCUGAGUCCUUUAAUGAGACCUUGUAUGAAGUUUACCUAAAGAGUAUACAUUGCAGCACUGCAUUUGAUUUGAUAUUGGCUAAUGUUGGAUGUAUUCCGUUUGUAUUCUUAAUUUGUAUCAUCUACGCAACAUGUUUGAAUCAAAAUAACAGGGAACUGUGAUGGCAUAGGCACUUUAUAAUGUUAUAUUGUAUAUAGGUAUGCAUAUUCAUAUUCAUAAAAAUUAUAUUAUUCAAA